GGUAGCAACACUGAAAGUAAACACGACGCGGCCAGCAGAAAAUGGCGACGUCAAAAAGUGCGAACACCUACAAUCGGCUCAACUGGGAAGAAGCCGAGUUCCCCAUCCUCUGCCAAACAUGCUUGGGCGACAACCCUUACGUACGCAUGACCAAGGAGCGGUAUGGCAAGGAGUGCAAGAUAUGCUCGCGCCCUUUCACCGUGUUCCGAUGGUGCCCCGGUGGUCGGAUGCGCUUCAAGAAGACCGAGGUAUGUCAAACGUGCAGCAAGCUCAAGAACGUCUGCCAAACUUGCCUGCUCGACCUGGACUACGGCCUACCGGUGCAGGUGCGCGAUAACGCGCUCAGCCUGCGCGACGACAUGCCCAAAUCGGACGUGAACAAGGAGUACUACUCGCAGAACAUGGAGCGCGCCGUCGCCGACGGUGACCCCAGCCAACCGUACGGGACUCUCGCCAAGGCGCAGAGUCCAAGCGAUCUCCUGAUGAAGCUGGCGCGCACGACGCCGUAUUACAAGCGCAACCGACCGCACAUUUGCAGCUUCUGGGUAAAGGGAGAAUGCAAGAGAGGCGAGGAGUGCCCGUACAGGCACGAGAAGCCGACGGACCCGGACGAUCCACUGGCUGACCAGAACAUCCGCGACCGCUACUACGGCGUCAACGAUCCGGUCGCCGACAAACUCCUGCGUCGGGCCGCCGCCAUGCCGAAACUGGAGCCGCCGGAGGACACUUCCAUCACCACGCUGUACGUGGGCAACCUGGGCGACCGUCUGACGGAGAAGGACCUGCGCGACCACUUCUACCAGUACGGCGAGAUCCGCGGCGUCACCAUGCUGGCGAGGCAGCAGUGCGCCUUCGUGCAGUUCACCAACCGCGUCAGCGCCGAGCUGGCCGCCGACAAGACGUUCAACAAGCUCAUCCUCGGUGGUCGCCGUCUCGUCAUCAAGUGGGGGCGCCCGCUGGCACGCCAGGCGAUGCCGUCGGGGUCCGACAGCACCGAAGGUCGCCCCACCGGCCCGCCGCUGGAACCCGUGCCCGGUCUACCGGGGGCCCUUCCGCUACCGCCCGACGAGUUGGCCAACAACUACUUCAACCUGGCCCCGCUGCACCCACCUCCGCCUCCCAUCGCGUUUGCGCCGCCUCCACCCCCGACAGCGUUCCUCGCGCCCCCGGGGGAGGUGGCGCCCCUUCCACCGCUCCCGCCUCCCCCGGGACUGGCGCCCCCCGGUACCGUGCCCCCGCCGCCGGCACCGCACAUGCGUGCCCCCAUCCACUACCCGUCUCAGGAUCCCCAACGUCUGGGCAGCAGGGGCAAGCUGUAGAGCAGCGCGCCUUUUGCAUUCCCUUGCUCGCGGCUCUCUUACGGGCAGCGGCGAGAAUAAAGAGAAACUUCGCCAACGUGAAGUGACAGCCUUGCCAGUGCAACCGGAGUGUGUGUCUGUGCUUAUUAAACUGUCAUGGCUUGAAAGCAAAGGUGGUGAUGCGGCUUGUCAGGUGCAGUGGUAGCAGAGGCUGCCACAAGUGGGGGCAUUGUUUCGUUUUCUGGCUUCUCUGUUCACGUUGAGAGUAGCUGACUGAUUGGCAGGCCCAUUUUCACUAAACCUGCUAUUAUGCCUA